AUGCCUUUGACAAAUAACAACAUGAAUGCCUUGAUGAGCAGCAACGGCAAUGGUGGCAGCAGCAACAUGCCGCCCCCGAGUCCCAGCCAUAGCAGCACCGCGGAUGACGAAUCGUACUAUGGCCUGCCAGAAAUUCCUCCAACUUCCAGGAUCUGGGGAAAAUACGGCUUCGCGGUAGAGGUCAUUCAACAACCCAAGCGUGCUCGCAUGUGUGGGUUUGGUGACAAGGAUCGUCGUCCUAUCACACCGCCUCUGAUAGUCAAACUCCACAUCUUUGAUCCAGAGACCCAUCAAGAGAUCGAUUACAGCAAAGUUGUUGACCUGUCAAAGUUUAUCCUCGGCGUUGAUUUGUGGGAUGUGCAUGGCAGCCACGAAGACAACUGUGUCAGAAACAAUACAACAUCCCCAUCUAUCUCGUCGACCAUCACCACUCCGUAUCCUCCAGUAACUUCCACUGGUUUGCGUGGGACCCAGCCCCUCCGCCCUUACGACGCUACGAAUCUCUCCAGUUGGCGUGGUGCUAGAGAUGCUAGCUCCACGUCGACGCCGACAAGCGCGCCCACGUCUGCCUCCUCCACCUACAACAAUGACUCGUUUGAACAACGCAAUCCGUCGUACCCCUACAACAACAAAAAUAACGGCAACCACAGCAACAACCACAACAGCGACACGCCCUACAAUGGCCGUCGUCAGAAUGGUUAUGACAACCCUUUGCAUCACCGAGCCCCCGCUCACGACUCAAUUCCUCAGCCAGGUCCCCCACUGCGCUCCUCGCGAUCCUCGCAAGAUAUGGGGCCUCUGAACCCCGGCAGAGGUGAACCUUCCAAAAAUCUCAUCGGCCAGUGUCAUACCAGUGUCCAAAGACUGGACGAUGAGAACAAGGAAGUGGGACUUUACUUUAUCUUUCAGGAUCUGAGUGUUCGUACGGAGGGCUGGUUUCGCUUAAAGUGCACCUUGUUUUGCUUGGCCAGGCUUAUCCUGGAGGAUGACGACGACAAUGAUCCUGCUUCAAACGAGCUUUAUCAGGAAGCACCCUGCCUGGCCUCGUCGUUCACGUUGCCAUUCAAAGUCUUCAGUGCGAAAAAGUUCCCUGGGGUUGUCGAGACCACGCAUCUAAGUCGAAUCUUCGCCGACCAAGGGAUCAAAAUACCCAUUCGGAGAGAUGGGCAGAAAGGCAAGAAAAGGAGUGAAGAUGAUGGCGACGGCGUAAACGGAGAUGGCGAAUACGAGGGAGAGGACGGAUUUGAUGAGCCGGUGUGA